UCUACCCAGGUAUUUAUCAUGUUAUAAAAUGAAAUUGGCUAUUAGUACCAAAAGUAACUUCUAUUAUCAUUAAAUUGUUAAUCUAAUACCUAAUUUGCUUUAGGAUAUAUGUAAAUAAGCCACAGCAAUUUAUGUUGGUAUUGAAAUUAAGAUGGUCAUAUUAAUUACUAGAUAUGUAAAGCCAGUGAUUCGAUGGCGGUGCUAGAGUGGCCUUAGUAAGGCUCACUCUUGUCGCUUAGUCCUCAUUUUCACAUAAUGACAUUUGCCAAAUGUCUACAAAGUAAAUAUUUUUUUAAUUUUUAUAUUAUCCAAUUAAGAGCAUUACAUUACAUUGAUUGUAGGGAGAUACCACCAGGCUGAAGGUGCUCUGGCUAGCAGAGUUGUAAACAAAUGCUUACAGGGGGCUGGAGUUCAGGGCCAGGGUUACCAUGUUUACAUGGACAACUUUUAUACCUCACCUGAUCUACUCACUAGUCUGUAUGAUGAUAAAACCUAUGCAUGUGGGACAGUGCGGUCCAACCAAAGAGGCCUUCCCAAGGACAUAAUGCAGAAACGCCCUGAGGGUGUAGUACAGAGAGGGGACAUGGCCUUCAGGCAAAAGGGGCCACUUGUAGCAGUCGUUUGGAAAGACAAAAAAUGUGUCACUGCCCUGUCUACAAUUCAUGACAACAGUUUUGGAGAAGUGCAACGCCUUGUUAAAGGGGAGGAUGGUACCUUUGCACGACAGAAUGUAUCCUGUCCGAAACUUCUAAGUGAUUACACUUCGUACAUGGGUGGGGUUGAUAAAGCAGAUCAGUUCAUACAGUACUACUCCUUCAACCACAAGACACGGAAAUGGACUGUAAAAGUGUUCUUUCGUCUUCUGGAGGUUAUGAAACUGAAUGCCUAUCAACUAUUUCUUCAGAGUCCUCAUCAUCAGCCAGGGCAGGGAAAGCAGCAGCUGUCUUUCCUGCAGUUUACGCAAAGCAUCAUCAGAGGACUAGUAGAUGGUUUCACCUCUACUGCAAGGAAAGGUAGACCAUCUCUUCUACCACUGGAUGACCGUCUAACACAGCGUCACCUCCCUGGCACACUUGAGUCGCGGUCUUGGUGCCAUGUAUGCUACAUGAGAUGCAAGAGUGGAUUGCAGGACAAAACCAGCCAAACAAAAUUUGGCUGCACUGAAUGCCGGAAGCAUCUGUGCCUUCCUACAUGUUUCACUAUGUACCAUUCUCAGGCAAAGUAUUUUUAGAUAGCUGCUGUACUGCAAGGUGCAGAACUCUUUGGCAAGUACUAAGCUGUGUGGAGAUUGCUCCACCACUUAGCUACAAUGAAAAAUUGUCAAUUUCUGUUCACUGUAUUGGGGAAAAAAUGAAA